AUGUUGUUCAACAAUAUGAAUACAGGAUUUGGCCGGGGUGCUGGUAGAGGGGCUCCUGGGAGAGGUGGUGGUGUGGGCCCCAUUAAAGGAGGAUCCUAUAAUCCUGGGCACAUGCGUAAACCCUAUGAGAAGCCUAUGCAUGCUGUGCAACAACCAAGUCCCAGUGGUCCGAUUGGUGCAAGAGACUUUGCUACCUACCCAGAGCCCCUUAUAGGUGAGUUAUGUAUAAUUUCUGCAGCAACUUGGUAUUGCAAUACUUUGCUCAAAAGUAAAAUUAUAAUGGUAACAAGCACUACAUGUAGCUUGUUGCCUUAAUGAUUACAGUUGUCAUCAAGUCAAGACCAGCUUAAUAUACCCUGUAAAUGAUACCAAUUCAGGGCUAUGCUCUACGUAGUGGUGCCCAAUGGUCUUUGGCAAUUUUCUUUUUCCCUUGGGCAACCAGGAUAGAUGUAUUUGAGUGGGUGGAAUGCAAUGUAUCUGGGUGAGGGUAGUCCUGAAUAGGACUGAUGUUAUAAGUGACUAACUUUUUCGACAACCUGUCCAGUAGUGAUCAUCAGAGUCAGUGACUACCACGCAGGUUGUUAGAAGGUCCAUCACUGUGAACACAGUCCUAUUCAGGAGUACGCCCACCUGGAGAGUUAUAAUCCACUUACUUGUGAAAGUAAUAACUCCUGAGUUCAAACCAAAUGCAGGGCUUGCAAAAAAGUGCUGUGUGGUAGUCCUUGAGAACUAAAUUUCCCUGCCUGGCAAGUGAUUCUGCAUACUCACUUGCCCAGGUUCAGGGAAAUCAAGUACAGUACACUGUAUGUUCAUUGUGUAUUCAAUGCUAUAUACAUGUAAUGUGAAUAGUUCAAAUUUGAACUUUGUCUUUGUUAGUCAUCAUUACAUGUAGCAAAACUACAUUUUACAUGUUCUGGAUGCCUCUCUUACUGUGUAAGCAAUCUCUGGCAGAGAGUGACCAUCCUUAGUGUCUACCUGUCAUGGAUUUUGGGAUUGGGUAGGGACAGCACCUUGCUUGUCCAUUCCCUUCAGGCUGGUCUGUACGUAUGUAAAGCUGAUAAGAAGAAGUAACCUAUUCUUUAGAAACCAAAUCUUUUUACCCAUGUACUUAAAAAUGAUUUUAAGAUGGAAUCCAUCAGGAAAUUGAGCAAUUUCAACUUUCAGUGGACGAAAACCUUGUACCAGAAUAAUUUAAACAAUAUCACAUUCUUUUUUACAUUUUUCAAGGGCUAUAGACAUAAUAAGUUAUCUGUAAUAACACCAAAGACUAUUUCUCAUGAGAGCCUGAGAACAUAAAUGUCAAAUUUCACAAGAAUUGUGAAAACACAGGUAAAAUUCUGAAAAUUUCAUGUGCAAGAUGUCAUUUUGUGAAAUAUGACAUUUAUUUUCUUGGGCUCCCAUAAUAAAUUUUCUUUGAUGUUUGACAGAUAACUAAUAAUAAUUAUUUGUUAUAAACAUCAAAGAAAAUUUAUUAUGGGAACCCGAGAAAAUAAAUGUCAAAUUUUUCCCUUGAAAAAUGUAAAAAAAUUAUGAUGCGAUAUGGUUUAAAUUAUUUUAGGACAAGGUUUUUGUCCUCUGAAAAUUAAAACCGCUUAUUUUCGUGAUGGAUUCUGUCUUAAUCCACUGUAUGUGGAAAUGCUGACUAUGUUUGUUGGUAAUAAAGAUACAGUGUCAUCUUAAAAAAGUGGUGUUUGUACAUGCAUGUUUGCUUUUCUAAAGUACAUGACUGUACAAAAGUCUCACUGCACUAAUAACUACAGAAGUUGCUUAUUCAAUUUUGCUGUUACAAUACCCCAAGGCAAGCCCAACCUGGUAAUCAUAGGGUUGGGGCUAAGGAUACCCAGAACAUAACUUGCAUUAGUUUUUGUGUGUUAUAUGGGAGCCAUAUUCACCAUUAUUUAAUGUACCACUCUAAACUUGGUGCAAUAGGAGAACAGUACUACAUGCAUUUCUGAAAAAAGUGAUUGUACAGUAGCCUACAUGGCUGUUAUAACCGUGAAUGGCUCUGUUAAGCUUAAGAGGUAUAAUGCAUGUAGGCUGUACCAGUAACACUCAAACAAAGCUAAGACUUGAUUUAAUCCCUGCUCAGGGAUGUGCCCAAGGGGUAGAUGGUAACAGGAAGAACUGAAGGCGCUUAUCCUGUGAAAGACUGAUACACUCCAGAAUGUUUGAUGAUAGUUAUUACUGUAUUAAGCUGUGUAUAAUCAUGAAAGACAUGGUAGCUAAAAUUUUGAGUCAAGGUUAAGGAGAAAGAAAACAUUAUACACAGGCAAAUACAGUAACUUGACUAAAGUAAGUUCAUACAUGUAGCUGAUGUGAAAGUGCAUGGCAAGAUGUCUUGCAGUUGUUUAGGUGUAAAUGCUCACUCUUUGUGGUACAUUUUCACCUUUUCACAAUCUGGAGUGUUAUGCCACUUGUUCUGUUGCUGUAGGCCUGGAGUAUGUUACAGAAAUCCAGGUUAUAGGACAGAGCCCGAGGUACCACUGCGAGCUGUGUGACUCCAAAUUUGAUCACNGCUCUGUUAAGCUUAAGAGGUAUAAUGCAUGUAGGCUGUACCAGUAACACUCAAACAAAGCUAAGACUUGAUUUAAUCCCUGCUCAGGGAUGUGCCCAAGGGGUAGAUGGUAACAGGAAGAACUGAAGGCGCUUAUCCUGUGAAAGACUGAUACACUCCAGAAUGUUUGAUGAUAGUUAUUACUGUAUUAAGCUGUGUAUAAUCAUGAAAGACAUGGUAGCUAAAAUUUUGAGUCAAGGUUAAGGAGAAAGAAAACAUUAUACACAGGCAAAUACAGUAACUUGACUAAAGUAAGUUCAUACAUGUAGCUGAUGUGAAAGUGCAUGGCAAGAUGUCUUGCAGUUGUUUAGGUGUAAAUGCUCACUCUUUGUGGUACAUUUUCACCUUUUCACAAUCUGGAGUGUUAUGCCACUUGUUCUGUUGCUGUAGGCCUGGAGUAUGUUACAGAAAUCCAGGUUAUAGGACAGAGCCCGAGGUACCACUGCGAGCUGUGUGACUCCAAAUUUGAUCACAACUUGAAGUUCCCUCACCUUGUUGGAAGCAAACAUCGUUUCAAUGUGCUGGUGAGUAGACAAGACCUCUGAGAUGUUUGUACCCAUUAAAAUGUGAUAAAUGCCUUAAAGGGGCUAUGCUGUUCUGUUUGCUGUCUUUUUAAAAAGCAGACAUUUUCCAGAUCAAUAUUGGUGUAGUAGUGUUCAGGGCUGUCAUUAAGAGCUGGGUAGGGAAUUCCCCUAGCCACUAUAAAUGUGGUCCCCAGCUACUUUCAUGGAAAAUUGAAGAAAAAUAGAAGCAAAUGAAAUCCCCAGCUGUUUGAUUCCCCACCUACUUAUUUUAUUUACAGUACCUGGCAACUUGAAAUCUUGGUGACAACCCUGUAGUGUUGUUAUCUAAGACAUAGGCAUUGAAUCUGUCUCCUGUCAUCUGUUGCAAUGAUGACAAGAAUGGGGGUGGAUUAAAACUUGAAAAAGUUGGGCAAUGUUGUCAAGUUUUAACACCCUUUCUGCAAAAAUCACCAAAAACGGAUUGUGUUAGUACUCCCUGGUGCAAUUUGUGUGAUAUCCUCUUCAUAACCCUAACCUUUUCUGAGUAAAAUAUUCCAUUUUGAAAUGGGGUUUAAGAGGUCAUGAAGUUCAACGAUUGUUUGCAUGGGAUUUCCUGAGAAUCUGAAGUCAAGUUACUUCAAACAAAGAGUAUCUGAAAUGGUGAUGAAUUGUCAACUUUACAAAAUGAUGAAAGAUGGUUAUGUUAGAAUUUUAGGGUUACAUUCUAGGCUUACAACAUCUGUCCAAUUUUACAUUGAUCUGUGAAAAGUUUCCUGUAGAAUUGGCGGGACUGGUUUUACUGAUCAAUGGAUGAAGAAUAGAAAAGAAAGAGUUGUGCACAUGUACAUUUUUGUUGCCCACAAGCUUACAGCUUUAGAUCCCUCUGACUUGGACAUAAACAAUCUUUUGUCUAGUUUCUGAAGUUUACCUUGAUUCACUAACUUUUCAGAUGUCAAUCAUUCCGGUUUUCCCAUGUAGAAUAAAAUAAAAAAAGACUUUGCACUAGAGAGUUUUUUUACAGGUCAAAUUCAGGUUAAUUUUUUACAACUUAACUUCUUGAUUUCCUCUGUCUCCUAGCCCUAAUAUUAUUCAUGAAUUAGGGCUAGGAGACAAAGAAAAUUGAGAAUCAACCUGGGUUAAAAAUUUUAACCUGAAGAUAAUUUUGACUUGUAACAUUUACACAAUAGACCUGUGUCACGUGGUGGCCAUUUUGUCUCAGGAGAUUUAAAAAGCUUUGCUUAUGCACGGCUAGCCUCGUUCUCUCUAUGAGGCUAGCCAUGCAUAAACAAAGCUUUUGAAAUCUCCUGAGACAAAAUGGCUGCCAUGUGACAAGGGUCUAUUACAGGUGAGCCCAGUUUGCAUUGUGGCCUGUAGACCUUUCCCUUUACUUUCAAAAUGGCAUAUUUUACUUAAAAGUGCAAAACAUCAGGUCCACAUUGUUCAAAUGUGGGAUAGCGCUAUCCACCAGAUAAAUCACUAUCAAGUGGAUACAUGUAAAUAUUGGGGAAACCAAUUACGCUCUCCACUGGAUAGAGAUUUAUCCAGUGGAUAGCGUUAUCCACCAUUUGAACAACUAGGGUCAGACAUUCUGUGAUUACAAGCCUGGGCCGAGUUGUCCAAAGCUGGGUUAAGAUAACCCAGGGUUAGUGCGAGAUUUGAAUUCAGAUUUGAAAGCUUAAAAAGCAUUUCAGUUUUAAUUCUUUUUGUCUACAAGUUGAUGAUUGAAAGCUCUAAAUAUAACAGAGAAAAUUAUCCGAGAAAAUGCUUUUGAACACAAGAAAAAGAAACCCGGGUUAAAUUUAACCCCGGGUUAAGCGCUAAUCGGUCUUCGAACAACUGGGCCCUGGUGUUGAAAGUACUUACCUAUUGCCAUCACGGCUCAGAUGUAAACCUUGGUCUGGCUCUCUCUUUACUCAAAGGGGAUAAGUCAUGCUAUCUUUAUAAAUAGUUAAAUGGUUUUAACAUGUAUUGAAAUCCAAUGGUCUUGUUAUAUUUGAGGCAUUGAAACUGUUUAUUUUCAUCCUCUGCUACUGGUGACAGGUGAACAUGGACUGAAAUUUGCAAACAGUGGGCCAAUAUUUUGUUUUAAUGGUGGGCCAGCAAAAAUCACCAAAACAUUAUUAUUUUAAGUGUUCCCUGAAGAAAUUUGUCUUAUGUUGUCAUAAAUCUACAACAGCAUUUUGUAUAUGGGUAGCUUUUACAUGCAAAAUAACUGCAAGUAAACCUACUCUGGAGCAGCUUGAUCAUUAUUCAGUGGGAAAGCAAAUCAAGAGAACAAGAAAGUAAAUGAAAAAAAUCAGGCAGACACUGCCUCUUGAUAUGAGGUACAGUAUAUUAUUAUUAUGGAGAAAUGGAAAUCAUUUACCACUGGUUUGUUGCACUCUCUUGUUCUCUGUAACCUUGUUUUCAUGAAUUGUUUCCUGGCUUUUAUCACAGGAAACAAAAAGAAAAUACAAUCAAAAGAACUUCCUUACUGUUCAUUUCCCUGCUUGCUAAUUGCAUAUACUCAGCAACUUAAAAUUUUAGUGAAAACCCUGCCAACUGAAAACCUUUCUCAUAACAUUAUUAAUUAUCAUAUUUUAACCCAGUUAUAUGAUUAAUUUAUAAUUUUAAUUUUCGUUCAUUCAACAUUGCUCCCAUCAUAAACAGUUACCAAAUGUUGUACCUUCUUGAGGGAAUUCUCGAAUUUCAUUCACUUUUAAAUGUUUUUAACCUUUGUGGAUUAAAUGAUAAAAAUUAAACAAUUCUUCUGUCCCUCUCACAGAAAGAGAAGGUACCAGAGGUUGCUCAGAGUGUCCGUGGCGAUGUCAAAAAGAGGUCAGAAUUGUCCAGUAAGCUCCUCGAGGAAGCAAGUAAACUUGAAAUGAUGGAAGGACGACAGCAGGUGAAAACCAGAACAGAAAAGAGCCCGUUUAACCGUAUCAACAACCAAGCUGCAGGUGAUGUGGGUGGAUUCAGUGGGAACUUCAAGGGGCAGCAGUUAUCUAGAGGAGGUCAGUUGACUCUCAGUGGUGCCUAGCAUCAGUAGGGAGUUUUAGCAACGACGACAGCUACGCUAACGAGAACGGCAAAAAAACAAUAUGUUUGAUUAGGAAAACAACAACUUUGCACGUGCAUCAUGCUUUUUUGUACAUUUCUUUGCCAUCACUGCACGACUACGAUGUGAAAAUGCCUAAUUCACGAUUUCUGGAGAACGUAAACAAGCGAAGACGAAUUUUCCCUUCUCUUUCUAAACUUGAGUCCGGUCCCCAAGAAAUCAACUUCAGCGAAAUUCGCUUACAUUUCACAUUUUCAGGGAAUUGGAAUAAACGCAACAAAGUUUGAAAAAAAGCGAAUUCAUUUUUAAAAAGACUUUUUCGCUGCUGUCGCCGUCGUCGAUGCUAAAGCUCCCUAGUCUUACAGUGCAGCUAUUGUCAACGGGGCCACCAAGACAAAGUUGACUAACUGGAUUACAGGAGAAUAUUAAGUACAGUGGUUUUUUAGCCAAUUAGCAAAUCAUAAGUAAACAGCAAAUUACUCGAAGGACAAAAUUUAAAUAUUGAUGGCAAAUGUUUCAAAGAAAGAAAAUUUACCAUUAGACAACGUUUUUCUGUCUGAAACUAAAAGAAAUAUAGUGCCUAUGAGACAUAUUUGUUUGUUACAAACUGUUAUUUUGUUAUCAAGCAGCUAUUUCUUUGCUAUCUGUUGACAAUGGUGGCCCCAGUUUCAGUGGACUUGCUCUACUCUUUGUUUACUGCAGUGAAUGACCAGGGCAUUUGUUCUUAGUGUUGCCUUACGUGAUUCUCAAAAGAGGUUGCAAAGGUUGAAGGACACUCAAGGUUAUUUUUGUGAGUGAAUUCUGCUGGCUGGCUGCCAUCAGAAAAUGCUUUGCUGCAAGUUUGUCUGUGGAAGGUAGAGUAGGGUGUACAGGGUUGAACAGCCCCUUGUGACACCAAUCAAAUUUUGAUCUUUCAGGAGGGCAACAGUGGCAGAAUCAAAGAGGAAGAGGGCAGGGUGGUGGGCGUGGCAAUCAGAUGGGUACACGUGGCAGAGGACAGACGUAUGGAGACAGACAGAAUAACACACGUGGUGGAAUGCAAGGUGGGCGUGGUCGAGGAAACCAGCAGGGAACCCCAUAUAAUUAUAACCAGCAGCAAUCAGGAUCUUACAGAGGCAGCAGAGGCAGAGGCAGAGCUAGAGGAAGAGGAGGCAAUAACCAGAAUCAGUCAUGGAAUCAGAACUUCUCUUCUUACAACAAUGCACCAAACCAGACAUUUGUGGACAGUUCUUACGGUGGUGAUAAUGAUGGUUACCAGUGGGAUAAUAGUGCACAGGGAGGAGGGUAAGCGCCUUUUAGGUCAUUAUACUGGAAAAGGCUUUUUAACAAUUAUUCCUCGAGCCCGAAUGGGCUCUGAGUCAAUAGCCCAUGCCAAUUGGCCAAAUGGGCUAUUGACUCAGAGGCUAUGAGGGCGAGAGGAAUAAUUGUUUUUGUAAAAUCUAACUAGUUGAUCAAAAAUAUCGAGAAUAAAAAACUUUUAGCUAGUUAAAGCUAGACUUUAAUCCUUUUUUGCCGCCAAAAAGCCCGCGCUUUUCGCUACUAGUGGGCUAUAACAUAUAGCCUAGUAGUACCUCAACCAAUCAGAAUGCAGCAUUGAUAAUAGACCACCAGUUGGAUUUUACUAAAAUCUUUUAUCAAAAUAAUUCUCUCUACUUAUUCUUUAAGGUAAUGUAUGGACAUCAGUCUGGAUGUUUGAGUGUGUAUUGGUUAAUGCAUGUGACAAUUUUUCUUCACUCAUUGCUUAACCAUUGUUUUGACAUUGCCUUGUAUCGUACAGGGAGCGAAUGUUGCCACCAGAGGCAUUUGGAUCCAGAUCUCAGCCCCAGUCACAAGGUCAGCAGUUUAUCAGCUAUGAUGAACACUAUGAUGAUUACUAUGGCAACCAGAACACUUCCUACGGUGGCUCUAACUAUGAGGUACAGUAAAUAACACCUUUAAUUCGGUGCCCUUUAUGAGUUCUAGAAGUCCUGGCUCAUAGAGAAAAUUGCGCUUGAUAUUUGUUCAGGAGCUAUAAGGAGACUUUGACAAGAUGCUUUGCCCGGCCCCGCUAGCAUUGGUGCUAUAAAUACUGCCGAGGGUAAAUAAAUAACGGAAUUAUUGUUAUUAUUAUUUUUCAACUUGGUGUGAAGGCAACCCCCAAAAAUGUUUGUUUUUCCUGAAUGAGGCCUCUCAAUUCAUUGUCUUGAUGACCUGUGCAUGUACAGCUGGUUUAUCCACUUUUCCAUAGCUGAUAUCCCCUAUGCGUUGCAAAAUGUAUUACUACUACUGCUCAUUCUUUUUAGUAUAUUGAGCCAUACGCCGACCAGAGCACAUAUUCCACUCAGAGCGCUAAUCAACAACGUUUUCAGCCACCUGUUCACACACCAAGUGCCAAUGUUGGCAGCAGUGUAGGCAGUGAUAGUGGUGGAGUUUCCGGAAAAAGUAACGUCAGCCUUCUGCAGGGAGCAAUAGCAGAUUUGGUGAGUUAAGUAUUAAAAUAGCUUUCUCUUCGUGAAGUACCAAAUACGUGAUGAGUGAAAAUAGGAAAUAGCUUCAAUAGAGUUUUAUCAAAAUUCUAACAAUUUCCCUUGUCUUGCCUUCCCCGCGAGGGAAAUUGUUAGAAUUUUGACAAAGCGCAGGUGAGACACUGACGGACUGUAUUUCCUAAUUUCACCAGUAUACCAUUUGAUUAGCUUAAUAAUGUUAAUACUAGUAAUAGACGAGGUUACAGAGGUGCGAGUGACAUUGCUCGAAGGUAAAAACCCUUUAGCUCUAACGCUGCGCUUUGCGUUAGUUUCACGUGAUAGAUGCUCGAAAUGCGAUGAUGCUCGAAACUAAAUUGUUGCAUGCGUCCCGUAGGACGCAAAGAUCGAUUGAUUGAUCGGAAGACUUUUUUUUAGAAUAUCCUGUUUGGGUGAUUUCUGUGGCUGUUCUUGUGGCUGUUGUUAAACGACGCUUAUUUCUUUUAGGGCGCUUUCCAUUCACCAAAAAUUCCGGUUUGAAAUUUCGGAAACUUCACGUGCUAAAUGGAACGGUACAUUCCGGUUGCACAGACCCGACCCAAACCACCGCGNUUUUGACAAAGCGCAGGUGAGACACUGGCGGACUGUAUUUCCUAAUUUCACCAGUAUACCAUUUGAUUAGCUUAAUAAUGUUAAUACUAGUAAUAGACGAGGUUACAGAGGUGCGAGUGACAUUGCUCGAAGGUAAAAACCCUUUAGCUCUAACGCUGCGCUUUGCGUUAGUUUCACGUGAUAGAUGCUCGAAAUGCGAUGAUGCUCGAAACUAAAUUGUUGCAUGCGUCCCGUAGGACGCAAAGAUCGAUUGAUUGAUCGGAAGAUUUUUUUUUAGAAUAUCCUGUUUGGGUGAUUUCUGUGGCUGUUCUUGUGGCUGUUGUUAAACGACGCUUAUUUCUUUUAGGGCGCUUUCCAUUCACCAAAAAUUCCGGUUUGAAAUUUCGGAAACUUCACGUGCUAAAUGGAACGGUACAUUCCGGUUGCACAGACCCGACCCAAACCACCGCGCGUUUUGUUAUCGUGGCUUUGCAGCAGACAAGCAGACUCAAAAUUACACUCUAAAAGAGAAGAGUAAAUACUGCUUAUAUCCUAAAGAACACUCAACUGUCGAAAAGGGGCGGUGGAAAACUAAAGGCGAAGGAAUCCUAUUUCGUGUAGAAAGCCUAUGAAUGCAAGUUAAGGUAAAAAAUUCUCGUGAAUUGUAGCGAUUCGUUUGUCGGAAUAUUGGAACGAUUCGAAGCAAUUCCCGGAACUGUGCGAUAAAUAAAUUCGGUGUUUUGGCCAGAUUUGUAUUCAGCCAUAAUAUCUUGGACAGGUUUCAGACAAAUAAUACGCUGAUUCUCACGGACUUUAUACACACACUUUUUUCACCUACGUGUCGUGUUGCAUCAUUUAUUUGUCUCGGUUGAUGGCAAAUAUCAAAAGUCGAAAAAAAUUGCAACUGAUUCAAACCAUUUGAGAUGUCUUGGCUUUACUCACAGUCCUUCACUUUCCAUUGGAAACUACUUGUUCUUGUAAGCAGGAUACAAAAGAGCGCUACUGGGGACAACAAUUUUGGCAAAUGGAAAGGGACAUUUCGGUCCGACUGACCGAAAUGACCAGACCGGUCACUGAUGACCACCUUCAAAGCUGGUCCCGAAUAUUCCGGUCGGACCAAACCGAAAUGGUCCGUUCCUUUUGAUGAACCAACCGAAAUUUCCGGAAUUUGCGGUUGAAUGGAAAGCGCCCUUAGUCUUUGUUGUGCUUUACAAUGGAAGGAGUAUAUUUUUAUUUCAGUAUACCGUAAUACACAGUUGUGGAAUCUGUCUUCAGAUUAACUGUGUGGUUACAAAAGACCUAGUGAAUCAUUGUUUUUUUUUUAACUGGGACUCAAUGUUUCUGGAUUGGGACGCGUGAUUUUCACAAGAUGAGUUCCAGGACUCACCAUAACUAUUUGUAACAAAAGCAGUGCUGAUUGCGGAUUUGGUAUUACGUGUGUUAUCCAGUUAGGAAUAGGAGAAUGUUAAUCAGUAGCUUAUUCAUGCUAUUUUAUUGCAAGAAGUGCAUAUGUGGCUAAAGAAGAAUGAUGACCUAAAAGGCCGAGUUUUAGCAGCUCUCAGUUCUGCUGAGAGUCUGCGAUGGACAGAAUGCCUGAAGCGAUUUACUAAAUAACACUGACUUCUGAAAGCCAAGAAUGUGUCGUAUCUAGAAAACUUGACGUAAAUGCCCAGAUAGCAUAUCCGGAUCAGAUGAUGAAGGGACCUUACUUAUGGUGCCGAAAAUCUACAUAAUGUAAGGAUUACAAUCAACGUGGUUCUCUCUAAGAGAUAAGUACUCAUUGAUUUGUGUGUUUGUUGUUUAGGGAAAGCUUGUUAGCAGUGAAGAAGAUGCUUCAAUGGCUUUGCAAGUGUCCAACGCUUUAACGCAAGCAUUGCUACAGUUUCGUAUGAACAAUCUUAGUAAAGAGGUAUGUACAGGGCGGGUUUCACAGGGGCACCCAACGUCAAUUUUCGGAAACUAUCUGUUCGGAAGGCGAUUUGAGAUCUCGAAUUUUCUGAACAUUCGUUGUAAACUUUCUUGCUUGCCUGUCUCUCCUAGGAUUUCAAACAUCUAAAAAAUUGUAUUAUUGUCCAUUUUUAACGGAUUUUUACCCUAAAAAGGUCACCUAGAAUUUUCGGGAGGCCUUUUUCUGGCUGAAGUUUUGGAAAAGGUAAGUUUUGAUCCCUAUAAUUUUCGGAUCACUAGACUUUCACCUAGGAAAUCCGAACAGAUGAAAAAUUUUUUGGGAUAAAAAUAUGCCUAUAUCUACCGUUUGAAUACUAAAGUACGUUCAACAAUGCUAUGUUUAAGUGGUUUUGAACCAUAUUCUCGUUGGGUGCCCCUGGUUUCAGUUUCAUAAACACAUAUACAGUGGACGCUCUCGUAAGCGACCACCUUGGAAAUUCCGCCGGUCGUAACUAGACCUGGUCGCUUACGAGAACAACAACAAUGUCAAUUUUAUUGCACCAAUAGUAAAAACGUAACUAGAAUAAGAUUGUAACAAGCUAAUAAUAAUUUAAUUGUGGUACUGGCUGUCUGGAAUAACCACGGUGCUAAAAAGACCAGACAGCCAAUGAGCUCUCGUAAGCGACAUAAAGGUAAAAGAAAAGAGGGUGGUCGAAUAAAGAGCUUCAGAAACGUAUUAAUCCUUUCACUGCAAAAGUGCUUGAUGGAGUUUUGUAAGGUGACUCUAACUUUUGAGUCUGUGGACGAAAUCCUAUGAUGUGAUCAUUCAACUGAAAGCUCUCUGCCUGUACUUUCCAUGAUGCUAUUUGUUUGUCAAAAUUUUAGAAAAUGAAAUUUGGAAAUUUGGUCGAAAUUUGCCUUUGGUCACAUUUAGCACUGAAAGGGUAAAUAAUUCGUAAAGAAACAACAAAAGAAAUAAGUAUUAAAUGAGUGUCUUUAUAUCUGAUAUAGACACAGUUAAACUGUACGUCCGAUAUAUUUUUAGACCAUUAGCGCAGUGUGCAGCGUUAUUAAAGUGUUGAUUUAUACGAAUAAGAGUGGUCGCUUACGAGAGCUUAAAAGGAGAAGUCCAGUUGGGUAAUCCCAAAAGUGGUCGCGGUCGCUUACGAGAGAUUUUCAUUACUAAGUUUAAAUCAAAGUUCCAACGGGGUUUCACAAAGGUGGUCGAAACUUGAGCUGGUCGCUUACGCUUGUGGUCGUAAGGAGAACUUUGACUGUAUUACACUGCUUUCUCAGUGUCCUUAACUCUUAAGUCAAUUACCCAACCAGUCAGAAGCAAUUGCAGAAUCAACUUAGGAACAGUUUGCAGCAGUUUUCCCGCGCUUCGCAUGGCGACAUGUAGUCUCUCCGUAUCAGAGAUUCAGAAAUAUUUCCACUCUUUGGGUCUGACAUAGCGUAAGGUUUUGUAUUCUUCAGCACCAUGGACUUGCAUUGGGUAUGUUUUAUAUCACUCCUCUCUUAGAACUUCGGUAAGGUCUGAAAUAGGGUUGGGAAAAACACACAUUUUGGCCUGAAGUAAGGUCAAGUUUCACAAAGCGUUCCGCACACCCCUUCUCGAAUUUUCCAUAAGUAUCUCUCCUCCCCCACCGAGACAACAGACAUAAACGUUACAAAUUCCACCAUUUUUGGCUUGUUUUAUUCACAGGGCGACACCAGUACUGCUGCGAGCACUGCAACACACAUGGACGCAGGACCAUAAAUUUGUAAGUGGGACACAGCGUUUUUCAGGGCAUUUGAUAGUGUUGCCUUUCCGUUCAGUCUUUCGCGCCAUUUUUUCCACUUAAAUUUUUUGCCAUACGGCCUUAAGAAUUUUCAACAGUUUUAGUAGCUCUUCUGAUUUACUGGAGGUCUUACAACGCUUUUGCAUUUGAUACGGCUGUAAUGGUACCAAAUUUAAACCUGAUGAUUUCGAAUAAAGCCGCAGUAACUAUGUUUACAGUCAACUCCCUCUAAGACGGACACCUUUGGGACCGGCAGUAAGUGUCCGUCGUAGAGAGAUGUCCGUCUUAUAGAGAGUCAAAUAAAGGGAGUAAAGAAAGGCAGGGACCAACUCUAGGUGUCCGUUUUAGGGAGGUGUCCGUCUGAUAGAGGUGUCUGUUAAGAGAGAGUCGACUGUAUAAUGGUCUCAGCGCUUAUUUUGUUUAUUUACUGGUUAGGUUGAUCAAGUAUCCCUUUUUGUGAAAAUGAUAAUAAAAAUUGUUCAUAUAUUUAAAUGUAAGAGAAAGAGAUCAUCGCGGUUAUUACAGGAUUGAUAGCUCAGUGAAAAGAAGACUGCACAGGUAUCGCAGAGGUCCGAAUUCUUUUUAACCCUGAGGACCCAGUUGUUCCAACGCCGGUUAGCGCUAACCCAGGGUUAAUUUUAACCCGGGUUUCUUUUUCUUUUUAUCAAAAGCACUCUCUCGGAUAAUUUUCUCUGUUCUUUUUAGAGUAUCCAAUCAUCAAUUGCAAAUUGUAGGUAAAGAGAAUUAAAGUGAAUUUGCUUUUUAAGCUUUUAUAUCUGAGUUCAAAUUUCGCACUAACCCCGGGUGAUCUUAACCCACUGCAGCUUCGAACAACCCGGCCCAGAUUUUAGUACGUAACUCCGAUGAUCUUUUAUAUAUUAAAUUUCCCUUUUUCUCCACAGAAAAAGAAGAAGAACAGGUGAUAGAUGAAUUUCAGCUGAUCAAAGCGAUUUCAACCGGACAGACGAAAGAAAAAUGUUUUAUCGUGAUAAUAAGGAUAACUCAUUUUAAGUUAACAAAAAC